AUGGAAAACUACACCGUGAUUGGAAAGAUUGGUGGUGGUGCCGAAGGCGUUGUGUUCCAUGUACGACACGAGAUCACGAAGAAGGCACUCGCCAUGAAGGUAAUUCGUUGCGCCGACCACACCAAGGUGAAUUCAGCUCUGAAGGAAAUUAAAGUUCUCUUGCAGCUUCGCCACCAACAUGUCGUCUCCUACGUCGAUUUCUUUCUUCUGUUCCACAACGACGCGAUCCGGCAUGAAUUUGCCGUGGGGAAUACCGACGAGGGACAACUCUCCAAGCCUACAGAAAACCUUCGAUUGUGCAGCACAGAAGGAUCUUCCAGCGGUACCGGCAGCUCAACUGGUGGAAAUGACGUCUUUCCAAACGUCUUCUGCUUUAGCCCCUCCGAAGUUUGCGUCUGUCUGGUGAUGGAGUUGUGCACCUCUGGCGACAUGCAGGGCACAAUACGGGAGGCACAGCAAUGCUUCAUGGAAGUUGGCUCCCAUCCCAUUACGGAGGCACAAAUUCUAUUGUGGAUGGAGCAGUGCGCCUCAGCACUUGCCUUUAUCCAUGAGCAAGGAUUCCUGCAUCGUGACUUGAAGCCUACCAAUAUAUUUUUUGACAAGUACAAGGAUAUCAAAAUUGGGGAUUUUGGUCUUGCAGCCACCGUUGGCCUUGGCCGCCAAACCAUUGUGGGGACUCCCAUGUAUCUCGCCCCGGAGCGUAUGCUGCAUCAGGUGUACGACGAAAAAGUAGAUGUGUGGGGCUUGGGUGCUGUGAUGCUGGAACUUGUUACCCUGCAGGAUCAACCCGUCAAUAGCCGGGUAUUGGAAAACCCACUGUUUGUCGAGUCCGUUGUGCAGCAGGUAACAUCAAUGGGGUUUACAGCUACACUCGGUAGUCUAUUGCGUGAUAUGCUGCAAAGAUUUCCCGAAGGCCGGCCCUCACCUGCGGCUAUACUGUGUCGUCUGGCUGGCAUGACAACAAUGACCUCACCUCACCGCAACAUAUCUGUCCCACGUCCUUCGGCGGGCGUAAGCCAUCUCAAGUCCCCAAUGAUGGUAUGCGGGUUAUGCGAAGUAGAAAUUGCGACGUCGGCCUGCUCAACCUGUGGCGCUGUUCUUUGUGAAGAAUGUGACCGUGCAAGGCACAAGCACCACAGCCGCCACAGCCAUGAAAGGAGCUCGUUGCUUCUCUCACGCCAUACAACGCGCGCGCAUCCGUUGAACGAUGUGGAGCCGAACACGCUACCACCUGUAAAGCACAAUAUGAACGGCAAAAUGAGUCAGUCAUUCUCAAAGCUUAGGUGGCCUGUGUUUAAUUCUACGGGGGGCUCUUUCUGCGGGGCAUCUACUGAGCCUUCAAGCCAUGUCCUCCGUCAAGGUAUGAGUAGUACCACAAUUCGGGUUCCGCAGGAUUAUGCCACAAUCAAGGCUGCGCUGCGUGUGGUACAGUCCAUGCCACAGAUCCGAAAAAUUGUGGUGGCUGGUAACACCAUUCAUAACACGCCGUUGACUCUGUGCGACAGGUUACCAGACAACCUGAAAAUUCUCGGUGAGGACCCUUCCCCCGUCAUUGAAGUCGAGGAUAACGCAUUUGCCAUUCAGUGUACGUCGGGUCGUGGCACCUUGGAAAAUUUCAUUAUUCGCCAUGCUGGAAAAAAAGUCUUACUGACGGAUUCUUACCCUGGUCAAACCUCUCUGAAAAAGUCUUCUCGACCCGUUGCUAUCUCCAUUGCGGGUGGAGAUUGGAAAAUCACGCAGUGUCGAAUUUCGUGCCCUGCUGGAACUGGGAUCAGUGUGGCUACUGGUGUGGAGGCUGUUGUAUCGCACUGCACUAUUCUUGAAGUCAAAGUAGCGGGGAUAAUUGUGAUGGAGGGAGCCCAGGGGUUAUUUGAAAUGAACACCCUCACCAACUGUGGGUUUGCCGCCUUUUUGUUGAAGAAGAACAGCUCUGCGCGACUGUACAGGAACCAUGUGAUGGAUGGCGCGGAGACUGGCAUUUUUUGCCAGGAUGCCUCUGGUUUAGCGGAGGAUAAUUUCAUUGCGAACAAUGGUGGAUGUGGUGUGGUGACAAAGGGUUACGAUUCCAACAUCAUUUUUCGUGUAAAUAGAGUUGUGGCAAAUGAACAAGCUGGUUUUUUCUGCUGUGACGGCGCAAGUCCGAUCAUAACGGCGAAUGAAAUACGACAGAACAAGCGGGCCGGUGUACUAGUCAAGACUCGAGCCGCUCCAAGGAUCGCGAAGAACAUCAUUCGCUCUGGGCGGGAGGCAGGCAUUUACGUCUUUGAAGGGGGAGAAGGUUUUAUUGAGGAAAAUGAGUUGCGGGAUAACAGUAACGCGGGGAUUCUGGUCACAACGGGUGGCUGCCCACAUGUAGUGAAGAACACAAUUUGCGGUAGCCUUUACGAAGGGGUCUGGGUGUGCAAGGGGGGUGGCGGGAAUUUCGUUGAAAAUGACCUGCGCGGCAACGAGAAGGGUCCUAAAGACAUUGAGAAGGGCUGCUCAGUCGUGUGGAUUGGCAACCGCGAGUCUUGA